AUGAUUUGGGUUCUCUGGUUGUUUGUUUUAGUUGCGAUAGCUCUUGUCGCACUUGCAUUCUACUACAGAUCACAGCGUAAGAAUGUUGUUACAUUCUUCCAUCCAAAUUGCUUAGAUUGCGGCGGCGGUGAAAAAGUUUUAUGGGUAGCAGUUGAUGCCCUUAAGGAACACCUCCCAGAAAUGCAUUUGUUUGCCCAAGAUGCUACGAAUGAUUCCGCACAAGAAAAGGUAAACAAAGUUUUCAAGAUCAAUAUCCCAUCAAAUAUCAAAUUCGUCAAUGUUGGCAGUGCUGACUUCAUUAAACCAGGCUACUACAAGCACUUCACUCUCAUCUUCCAAGCAAUUGGCUCACUCGUUUACGCAUUUAAGUGCUUGAAUAAAGAAGUUCCAGCUAUCGUCAUUGAUACCACCGGAGCACCAUUUGCAUCCAUCGUAUGGAAGCUUUUUGGCGGAUGCAAGGUUAUCUUAUACAUUCAUUAUCCUUUCAUUUCAACAGAUAUGCUCAAAGCAGUUUCAUCAGGAAACGAUCAGUACAACAAUAAUCAAAAAAUAGCCAAGUCCAAAGUCCUUACUUCCAUCAAAAUUAUAUACUAUCGUAUCAUUGCUUUCAUUUAUUCACUUUGCGGCUACUUUGCUGAUGUUAUCACAGUGAACUCCACAUGGACAGGUAACCACAUAAGAGAAAUCUUCCGUCGUGAUCCAAUUAUUCUCUUCCCACCUUGCGAUACAACUGAUUUGAGCAAAUUACCAAUUGAAAACAGAAUUCCUGAACAAAUCAUCAGUGUCCAGCAGUUCAGACCAGAAAAGAACCUUCCUCUACAGCUAGAAAUCAUCAGAAGACUCAAAGAUACUCAUCCAAAUAUGAAAUUGUACAUAAUUGGCGGCUGCCGUAACGAAGCUGACAAGAAAUUACUCGACGGACUUCAGGAAGAAAUCGACAGAGACAAACUCCCUAUUACACUCGUUCCAAAUUGCGAUUUCGAUAUUCUCCGUAACGAAUACUUCGCUCGCAGCAGUGUUGGACUCCAUACAAUGUACAACGAGCACUUCGGCAUCUGCGCUGUCGAAUAUCUUGCUGCAGGACUCAUUCCUCUCUGCAAUAAGUCUGCCGGACCACUUUACGACAUUGUCAAGGACGAAAACUACCUCGCGUUGACAGCUGAUGAAUACGCAGCUAAACUCGAGGUCGCUUUCAAGUGCGAUGACUCUGCAAGACUUCAAUUCAGAAAUUCAUGCUCAAGAUUCAGUUACGAGGAAUUUUCAAAGCAAUUCAUUGCUGCUGUUGCACCACUCAUUAAAUCUGAAGUUACAAACUACAAAGAAUAA